AUGUUAGCCUCUGGGCAGGUUUUCACUGAUAACUGCAACAAGGGGAUGAUUGAGGAAGUCAUCAAAGCUAACACGCGCAACGUCAUGCAGUUCGAUCGAGAGAGAUUUUAUUUCAUGGUCCAAGAGAAGAUUAAUCAUAACGACGGUCGACCAACCGGAACGUUCAGCGUUGAUUUGAGGAAACAACACUGUGACUGUGGGAAAUUUCAGGCAUUUCACUUACCUUGCUCCCAUGUAAUCGCAGCAUGUUCGAGCAUACGCCAGGACUAUUCCAUUCACAUUCCAGACGUCUUCAAAAUUCUUAACGUCUUCAAGGUCUAUCAGAAGAGUUUUCUAGGACUUCCCCAUGAGGAGAAUUGGCCACAAUAUGAAGGAUUUACUCUUUGUCACGAUGACUCUAUGAGAAGGAGGAAGAAAGGGCGCCCAAACAGCACCAGGAUUAGAACCGAGAUGGACGACGUUAAGAAGGAAAAGAGAAGGUGUGGAAUUUGCCGUGAAAUAGGACACAUGCGUAAGAAAUAUCCUAAUGUUGCAGGACCAUCCCAACGACCUUCCAGAUGA